AUGUCAAGCAGACGCUCUAGCAGUAGUGGCUCAUCAAAAAAAUACGGAGGCACUAUUACAUCAACAGCAUCUAGACGCGUGAAGCCCAGACCCAUUCCAAUAGACUUAACCGAUGAGCAACACAAAGAAAUACGUGAUGCUUUUGACAUGUUUGUCCCAGAAGGUGAAACCGAAAUGGACUCAAAAGACCUCAAGGUUGCUAUGCGUGCAUUAGGUUUUGAGUUGAAAAAGGAUGAGUUAAAAAGAAUGAUAAGCGACCUUGAUUCUUCGGAAAACGGUCAAAUUGGCUAUGAUACCUUUGUCCAAAUUGUUGACGCGAAAUUGUCUGAACGUGAUAUCAAAGUGGAAUUUAAAAAGAUCUUUGCCAUGUUUGAUGACGAUGAGACUGGGAAAAUAUCAUUCAAGAAUUUGAAGCGAGUCGCGCAAGAGUUAAACGAAAAUAUGGAUGAUAAUGAGUUACGAGAGAUGAUUGAAGAGGCGGAUAAGAAUGGUGAUGGCGAG